UGACUCCCGGCCCGGAAGCGCUCGCACUGGAGACCCCCAGGUGACCGGGUCGAGAGCUGCCACCUCCAGCCAGCGCGGAGGUCGCGGGGGUCCUUCCAGCGUCGCGCUCCCCGCAUCCGCCGCCAUGGCCUGGACCAAGUACCAGCUGUUCCUGGCCGGGCUCAUGCUCGUCACCGGCUCCAUCAACACGCUCUCGGCAAAGUGGGCGGACAACUUUGUGGCCCAAGGGUGCGGAGGAAGCCAGGCACACAGCUUCCAGCAUCCCUUCCUCCAGGCAGUGGGCAUGUUCCUGGGGGAGUUCUCCUGCCUGGCCGCCUUCUACCUGCUCCAGUGCAGGGCUGCGGGCCACCCAGACACCAACGCGGAUCCCCAGCAGCCCUUCAACCCCCUUCUUUUCCUGCCCCCAGCCCUCUGCGACAUGACCGGGACCAGCAUCAUGUAUGUGGCCUUGAACAUGACCAGUGCCUCCAGCUUCCAGAUGCUGCGGGGAGCAGUGAUCAUAUUCACAGGCCUCUUCUCGGUGGCCUUCCUGGGACGGAGGCUGGUGCUGAGCCAGUGGCUGGGCAUCCUCGCCACCAUCGCAGGGCUGGUGGUUGUGGGCCUGGCUGACCUCCUGAGCAAGCACGACAGUCAGCACAAGCUCAGCGAGGUGAUCACAGGGGACCUGCUGAUCAUCAUGGCCCAGAUCAUCGUCUCCAUCCAGAUGGUGCUCGAGGAGAAGUUCGUCUACAAACACAACGUGCACCCGCUGCGGGCAGUCGGCACCGAGGGCCUCUUCGGCUUCGUGAUCCUCUCCCUGCUGCUGGUCCCCAUGUACUACAUCCCCGCCGGCUCCUUCAGUGGCAACCCUCGCGGGACGCUGGAGGACGUGCUGGAUGCCUUCUGCCAGGUGGGCCGGCAGCCGCUCAUCGCCCUGGCGCUGCUGGGCAACAUCAGCAGCAUCGCCUUCUUCAACUUUGCGGGCAUCAGCGUCACCAAGGAGCUGAGCGCCACCACCCGCAUGGUGCUGGACAGCCUGCGUACCAUCGUCAUCUGGGCACUGAGCCUGGCCCUGGGCUGGGAGGCCUUCCACCCGCUGCAGAUCCUCGGCUUCCUCAUCCUCCUGACGGGCACCGCCCUCUACAAUGGGCUGCACCGCCCACUGCUGGCCCGUCUGUCCAGGGGCCGGCCCCUGGCAGAGGAGGGCGAGCACGAGAGACUGCUAGGGGGCUCUCGGACUGCCAUCAACGAUGCCAGCUGAGCCUCUGCCGCCACCGGGACGCUCCUUGUUCACCCCAAGGCUGAGGCCACAAGGGCUGGUGAACUUCAAGUGCCCGGUCCCCAAGGCCUCGCCCUGCCCCCUCCCAGCAAUCCCCGCCCCCCACCCCCCACCCUUCCCACCCCCGCCCUGGGCAGCUGCUGCCAGAGAAGAUGACAAUGCCCAGGUCCUCCUUUGUCACCACCCCCUGUAGAGAGGUGUUAUCCAGCCCCCAAAAGACCUGAGUGCAGUGACAGACCCUCACCAGGCCCCCCAGCCCCUCCGAUAACACUAGCACUAAAUCAUGGCAUGGAAUUGCGGGAACUGACAGCCCUUGGGUUCCCUCUGCAAUCAGAUGCCAGAUGCGGUUCUCCCAGGAGGAGGGUCACUGAGCAGAUUCCAAAGAACGAAGCUCCGUCAACUCUAAAACUUGUAAGAUCGCCCCUAGCCCUGUCUGGAGACCUAGGUUUCUGCCGGGGCCCUGCUGCAAACUCAGCGUGUACCCGGUCGCCCCGGGUCUGGGCAUCCUACCCUGUGGGAGGUGUCACCACUGCGGCUUCCACGCCUUCCAGCCCAGUUGGGCCCCUUCUGUGGGCCUGUGGUUUUGACCAACCUGGGGAAGGUGUGCCAGCCUGUUUGCUGGAAAGGACCCCUGCCCUGGUUACGGGGAACCCCAGGCCUUGAUAACAGCUUCUCUGACCUCUUCACCUUCCGUUUGAAAGAUGAGGGAACUGAGGCCCAGAGUGGUAAGUUGUUUGGCAAGAGGGACUUUCCGUGCCUCGGCCCUACCCCCAGCAGCCAAACUCGACAGAAAUCCCCUGCCCCCGCACGGGGCAAUGGGCAAAGCUGGAGUCUAACCCUUCAGCGUGGCGCUGGUAUCGCAGGCACUGUGUUAGGUGCUUUGCUGUCCUCUUGCAGGACAACCUGUGCAGGUGGGUGCAGAGGAGAAAAAUGUCGCCCAGACGUUAAGUGACUUCCUUGUGGAGCCAGGGUCCAGGCUGGGUUUGCCUGAUCCCAAACCUGUGCUUCCCCCGCUUCCACCCCGGGUCUCUUUGAAGUCUUUGGGGGGCACUCUCUGGGGCAGGGAGAAAGGUAUCCUGUGCUGCUGUCCUCCAGGUAACCCCACCCGGAAGAGGGACUGAUAUCAGGGGCCCCAGGGAGCUGAGGGGCCCUACAUUCCAGUACUUGCCCCUCUGUGGAGCCUCAGACCACUUUCCUGGGUGGCACGAUCAUAAAUCCACACUCCAGAGGACUUCCUUAAAGUGGAUCCUGGGGGAAGGGAUCUCUGACAAGCAGAACCCUCGGGCUGUGAGAAUCCAGCAGAUCCUCCAUCCCCCAGACCCAGGGGCCACAGCUCCUCUGGACCUCAAGGUGUAUCACAGGAAUGAGGAAGUGAAGCGAAGGUCAUGGGCCCUGCAGCUGCCUUGUCCUAACAACUGGGGCCUUUCUCAGGGCUUUAUUUUUCAAAGGAAAAGGAAAAUUAGCAAUUUUUUCUUUUAAUGAAAGGGAAGGAGCACAAGGGUGAGGACAUUCCUGAAUGUAAUAUCUAGAAUGUUGGAAUAAAAACAGCUCCAGUGGGAGUUCCUAUUGUAGUCCAAGGGAUUAAGAACCCAACAGAGUGUCCACGAGGAUGCGGGAUCGAUCCCUGGCCUCAUUCAGUGAGUUAAGGAUCCAGUGUUGCUUCAAGAUCCAGUGUGGCUGUGGCUGUGGCUGUGCCAUAGGCCAGCAGCUGCAGCUCCAAUUCGGCCUCUAGCCUGGCAACUUCCACAGGCCACAGGUGUGGCCGUAAAAAGAAAAGAAAAAAGAAAAGGCUCCACUGUAUCAAAGCAUAGAAGCCACCCAGUCCCCCUGGCCUUGUUCAGGGAAAGUAAAGCCCAGAGAGAAAAAAACUUCCCAAGGACACCCAGCCUAGGUCUGGCAAAGGUCCUCAGUCCUUGUCCGGUCCACUUUCCCAUCGGAGCGUAGCCAGGAUUCCAAACCAAGAGUCCAGGACUGGCCCUCUGCAGGGGCUGCCCCAGCCUGUGCGCUCAAGUGUGCAAAACGCUUAAGACGGCAUCCGGGAAGCUGUUGGCCUUUGUUUCGGUGCUGCCAAGGCGAUGGUAUGGAUUUUAACAUCAGAGGGUUGGGGGGAUUAUAAUGGGACUUCCUUCAGUGGCGAGAGGUGGCAGAGCACGGAGAGGACAGGGGGACUCAUGAUCAGGGCUACCACCCGCUCAGGCGAGUUGCUGUACCCCUGGAGCUUUGGGUCUUCGCCUCUUUAAAACAGGACAGCCUCCACCUCCCAGGAUGGGUGUGAGCGUCACCUAAGAUAGUAAGUGGAAAGCCCCUGUAAAUGCCAGCGGGCAGUGGAGUGUCCCGGAGGCUGCACGGCCCACUGCCCGGGGGCACCUGUCGGCUCAGAAGUCCCAGCAGAGCCCUGGGGUGGAGCAUCAGUUUUGCUUGGGGGGGAAGAAAUGUUUUGUUAAAAGGUACCACGGUGGAGGAAGGAGUAAAUCUCACACUGAUGACACAAUCAAA